GGCCGGCGCGCGCGCGUGCGGCGGCAGUUGGCGAGGCGGCGGCUCGGAGAGCGGGAGCGGAGUAAUCGAGACCGAUUUGUUCCAGAAGAAAAGCAUUGCUGCCACUCGUUAGGACCAGAGAAGUUGGGGAAGACGGAGGUUCUGACAUUUACUUUGCAUUUUACUUCUAAGGAGCGGUGGCAAUUUUAGUGUUUGUGUUAUCUUGCUGAACAAUGGCUUGUGCUGAUAUUAAGGUAAAUGAGCUCGACAAGCGGUCUUCUGGACAGGCUUUUGAGAUAAUCUUGAGCCCUACAGCUGAAGCAAUUCCAGAAUUCCCUCUUUCUCCCAAGAAGGAUCGGUCACUUGAAGACAUUCAGAAAAAACUGGAAGCUGCUGAGAACAGACGAAAGUCACAUGAAGCAGAAGUGCUGAAGCAACUGGCUGAAAAACGGGAGCAUGUCAAAGAGGUGCUUCAGAAAGCAAUUGAAGAAAAUAACAAAUUUAGCAAAAUGGCAGAAGAGAAAUUGACCUCCAAGAUGGAAGUCAUUAAAGAGAACCGUGAUGCCUACCUAGCUGCCAAACUGGAGCGCCUGCGAGAGAAGGAAAAACACCUGGAAGAAGUAAGGAAGAACAAAGAGAGCAAAGAGGCUGAAGAACUUGUUUAACUUGCGUGAUUUGAAUUUGAGGGUGUUUCUAUUAUCUAAUAUUUUUAAAAUUUGUAGCUCAUACGUUGCUGAAUUAAACCCUCGUAUAAUGCUAUGACAAUGUACAACUAGAACUAGUCAGUGUCGGGUAGGGGGAAACAGGGAGGGAAAACUGGGAUUGUUAUGUGUUUCACUUUAAGGGUUUCAUGUUGUGCCUGUUGUUUACUCACAGCCAGUGCAGCUUUGGUUUCUGUUUGCAUUGUUGGUGGUAGAUGAAGUCUGAACAAUCUAUCAAAUGUGUAAUUUCCAGUCCAUUUCUCAGUGAGACUGCUGUUCCAAGCAAAAUGUAACAUUCUAUGGUCUGAAAUGGGGCAGUUGUUUAAGCAUGCCACCAUUGCUGUACCUGUCUCAUUAAAUAAAUAAAUGGCACAGUUGCUUUCCCUUUAA